GCCGGGCGCCCUCUCCAUCCCUCAUCGUCCUCGAGCGCUCGUCACGGGCGUUUGUCUCGAAGGAGCGGUUUUACGGAAGGGGAAGACCGGCGAUGCACACGGUGAACGCGAUAGCGGUGACGAGGAUGAUGACGACCGCGACGAUGACGUCGGCCGCAUGGGGGAGCACCGCGGUGGUGCUGCAGCAGCGGGAGGACAUCCCGUUCGGGUCGCUGAUGUGGUGCGCGUACGCGGGUAUCUCGUGCGUGCUCGUCCUGUUCGCGGGGAUCAUGUCCGGGCUCACCUUGGGGUUGAUGUCGCUCGGCCUCGUCGAGCUCGAGAUUCUGCAGCGCAGCGGUACCCCCGCCGAGAAGAAGCAAGCAGCUACAAUUCUUCCUGUUGUUCAGAAGCAACACCAGCUUCUUGUGACAUUGCUUUUGUGUAAUGCUGCUGCCAUGGAGGCUCUUCCUUUAUACCUUGAUAAGAUAUUCAAUCCAUUUGUUGCUAUUGUCUUGUCUGUAACCUUUGUUCUAUUUUUUGGAGAGGUUAUUCCUCAAGCUAUAUGUACAAGAUAUGGAUUAGCAGUUGGUGCUAGCUUGGUAUGGCUAGUGCAGAUUUUAAUGGUCAUCUGCUACCCUAUAGCUUAUCCUCUUGGCAAGAUUCUAGAUUAUGCACUUGGACAUAAUGAAUCUGCACUUUUUAGACGUGCUCAGUUAAAAGUUCUCGUCUCUAUCCAUAGCAAAGAGGCUGGUAAAGGUGGGGAGCUCACACAUGACGAGACUACAAUAAUAAGUGGAGCACUUGAUUUAACUGAAAAGACAGCUGAGGAGGCUAUGACACCCAUCGAAUCAACAUUCUCAUUGGAUGUCAAUUCAAAAUUAGAUUGGGAAGCUAUUGGCAAGAUUCUUGCUCGGGGUCAUAGCCGUGUCCCUGUUUAUUCAGGAAACCCAAAAAACAUUAUAGGCCUUCUGUUGGUAAAAAGUCUCCUGACAAUUCGUCCUGAAACUGAAACUCCUGUCAGUGCUAUCUCUAUAAGACGGAUUCCAAGGGUUCCAGCAGAUAUGCCUCUCUAUGAUAUACUCAAUGAAUUUCAGAAUGGAAGCAGUCAUAUGGCUGCUGUAGUGGCAGCUAAAGUGAAAACUAAGAAUAUCUCACCUGCUGAUGGCGACGAAUAUGAAGAAAACAAAGAACCGAGUGGAGUGUCCGAACUUACAACUCCUUUGUUAUCUAAAACAGCAGACAAAUCAGAUACUGUUGUCGUCAACAUCGACAAGUGCCAAAAUAAACAGGUCAAUGAAAAUAAACCUGCUCAUUCAUCAGAAGCUACUGAAGAUGGGGAGGUUAUUGGGAUCAUCACACUUGAGGAUGUUUUUGAAGAACUCUUACAGGAGGAGAUAGUGGAUGAGACAGACGAAUACAUUGAUGUUCACAAAAGGAUUCGUGUGGCUGCCGCUGCUGCUGCUUCUUCGGUUGCACGAACUCCAACCUACAAAAGGUUAACUAAACAAAAAUCAGCGGGACCUGUUCCUCGGCAAGGACAGCAAUCUACCGGGUUCCCAAGGAAAUCCACUGAAUUAGAUCCAAACACUCUGCGACAUCAAGUGACUCUCGUGGAACCAAUAUCAGGAACCAAGAGAUAACAAUUUUAUCCGAGGAAAGAAAGCUAUGUUCAUGAACAACCUAAGCCUGUGGAAGUUAUAUCUUGUUUGUCGACAUGUAAGUGGCAUAGGCACAUCCACUUGGAACAUGACUAUUAUCUAUUAUGCAUGAAUGAUUUUUUCGUU